CAGCGCCCACAAGCACCCUAUCCACCAAUCACAACUCAGUGCCUUUGACCUGUCUCUCUCUCUCCCCACUCCAAUCCAACCUGUUCCAUAGAUCGCUGUCUCAACUCAACACCAGUACAGUACAAAGACCCUGACACAUUCCUGUUCCCCUUCUUUGUACUCCUCCGCACUUCACUCCAUCCUUUUCUCCUUCAGCGUACUCUCCAUUUUCCAUUUUAAUACUUCAUUCCUUUUUUUCUUUUCUCAAUUGUAAAAAAAAAAAAAUAUCUCUCUCUCGAAAAGCUAGCCACCCCAAUUAUUGUGUCAACUACAUAAGCUUCAUUCCUUAGGUUGUGGCUGUGUGAAAAGGGUAGCAGAUUCCUUGCAAAUGCUUCUUGAUUAUAUGCUUCUUAGCAGCUCCACUAGUCCACUACUCUUCAUCACAUCUUCUCUCUCUUUGAACUUUCUUCAAAGAGAGUGUGUAACUAGUAAUAACUGUGUAUUUGUGUGUAUGUUUUUAUGAUCAUAUAAUAAUAGAUAUGUUUUUGGCAUGCCAGUUAUGAGUGCUACUAUUACUACUACUACUACCUUAAACUAGAACAAUGAACAGGGGAAUUGAAGUUCUUUCUCCAGCCUCAUACCUCCGAAGUUCCAAUUGGCUGUUCCAAGAAAGCUUGGGGACCAGGUGGACUCCACAGGAGAACAAGCUCUUUGAGAAUGCUUUGGCUGUGUUUGACAAGGACACUCCGGACCGGUGGCUGAAGGUGGCGGCCUUGAUUCCCGGCAAGACGGUCGGCGAUGUGAUCAAACAGUAUAGGGAACUUGAAGAAGAUGUGAGUGUCAUUGAAUCAGGGUUUAUUCCACUUCCAGGGUACACUGCUGCUGAUUCCUUUACAUUGGAGUGGGUCAACAAUCAAGGAUUUGAUGGGCUCAGGCAGUUUUAUGGUGUUACUGGCAAAAGGGGUGCUUCCACUAGACCAUCUGAGCAGGAGAGGAAGAAAGGUGUGCCAUGGACUAAAGAGGAGCACAGGCAAUUUCUGAUGGGUCUGAAGAAGUAUGGUAAAGGAGACUGGAGAAACAUCUCUCGCAAUUUUGUGACCACAAGAACACCAACUCAGGUUGCAAGUCAUGCUCAGAAGUAUUUCAUCAGGCAACUAAGUGGAGGAAAGGACAAGAAGAGAUCCAGUAUCCAUGACAUCACAAUGGUGAAUCUCCCAGAAGCAAAAUCUCCUUCAUCAGAGAGUAACAACAGACCCUAUUCACCAGAUCACUCAGUGAAGGAUGUGAACCCACCAUCCCAGAAUCAAAGAUUGUCUACUACUAUGGUAAUUAAACAGGAACAUGAUUGGAAAUUGCCAUGUGAAACUGUGCCUAUGCUCUUCAAUUCCACAAAUGGAAACAUGUUCAUGACACCACUUUGUGGGAUUUCUUCAUAUGGAUCUAAACCACUUCAGGAGCAGUAUUUCCUCAGUGGAUGCCAGUUUGGACCUUAUGAUACAAUUAUGCAAAUGCCGUCCAUGCAAAAUCAAUGAACUAUAUAGAACGCAGGGUUUAAAGUUAAGGUACUAAAAUGCUAAACCUUAUUCAUUGAUGUUGGAUUGAUUUUUAGAUGCUUAAGGGUGGUUUUAUGUAAAUAUUUCAAGGAUUCACGAGUUUCCUUAUCACUCAAUCUUUGAAGAGCCUUCAUAUUGUAUUCUGAUAUUAAAUGUGCUGGCACCAAAGAUGCAAUAUCAGAGUUUGGAAGUGAUAUGCAUCUUCCACCUAGGCAGAAAGGAUUAUCUGUAAAACGUAUAGGACGAGAGGAGUUACCUUGAGUUUGUGAUUAUUCACUUUUUUUAAAAUGCUUGAUGCUUCAAAUAAAUAUAGGCCUUUGCAGCUUUGCUAACGAA